GAACGCGUGCCGGGCGUUUUGCUCAUGGACACUUUUAUUUUUGCUAACGAACACGACAAAAUAAAUCGAAAGUUAUUUUUCUGUAUUAAAAUCAUAGGUAUGAAUGAUUAAUCUAGGACAGGAGUGUAGUGUCUGCGCGAAUUUACACAGAUGUCUGUCAUAUCGUGACUGAAAACUAGGUAAUGCAUUUUAUUACCGAAUAUUAUUCAGUGUAAAGUUUUGUAGAGCAGUGCUUUCAGUGGCUGUGUGGAUGUUUGUUGUCUCUGUCGUAUGAAAGCGAAAGGAAGCUCGCUAGGGGGAGUUGUUUUGUUUUCGUGCUUUUCUUUGCAACAAAUUUUGUUGAGCGAAUUAAGAAAAUAAAAUCGCUUCUUUACCACAAGAUAUGCACAAACACACAGGAAGAUUUUAAGUGUAAAGCAAACAGCGUACCGCCCACGUCGCCCGAUAUCAGCAUCCCGUCCCGCAGAGAAAUUAAUCUGGAACACUGAUGAACACAGGAAGCUUCCCGAUAAAGUGCUAUAUGCUGUAGCUCUGGAUGAGCAAACCGCACAACGUUCACACUAGCAUGCUAAGACAGCCGAACCGAAUUAACCAAACGCAACAGUAAUGUAGAAUUUCGUUAAUUAUUAAGCAAAGACUAUAAAACACAAACAUACGGUUACAAUGGGGCAUAUACGGGAAACAGACUAUUCGAAAACGAAAAUGAAUUUAAAAAUCUAUAGGGAAACGAACGAUAAUCAUUCCAGUGAUGUAGACGUAAAUUCGACUGAUCUAGUUAGUAGUGAAGAUAAAUAUGGCUGCCAAAUCGAAACUCGGUGUUGCUUGGUCGCGUGUGAGUUAUAUAAGAAGGAAGACGAAUAUGGAAAAGGAUCGAUUAUGAGGAGGGUUGACGGUUAUGGUGGUGCAAGGCGGGCCGCCGAUUUAAAAUUUAAAUGUGUGCGGGAGUGUACGGAUGCGUUCGGGAGGACAAUGGGAGUGCACGUGCGUUUGGUGGCCGUGAUAGGACUUGUGUUCAUGUUGCUGACGACGAGCGCAGCUGCGCCGGCGCGGUCUAGACCCUCGCGGAGUACACAUUCAGAGAAAACGAGAAGUUACCUGGAAAUGUAUGGGUAUCUAAAAAAAGAAAAACCCGAGGUGGGCAACUUGCUGAUGGAAGACGUUGAGCAGUCCUACGAAGACGACUUCAGGAUUGCCAUCAAAACAUUACAAGAAUUCGGUGGCAUUCCUGUAACGGGGGUGAUAGACCACGCCACUAAAGAACUUAUGAGCAAGAAAAGAUGCGGAAGACCAGACCGGGAGCCCGGGCACGAUGAAAACAAUAGAAGAAAGAAGCGGUUUGCGGUGCAAGGCGAGAAAUGGAAACACACUAAUUUAACAUGGAGCUUGUCCCAAUCCCGCCGUCCAUCGCAGAUAGACCCACACGGCACGAGAAGCGUCCUGGCACGCGCACUGGACGUUUGGCAACAAGCGUCACGACUCACCUUCACAGAGAUCAACUCGGAUGACGCUGACAUCGUCGUUUCGUUUUCCAAACGUUACCACGAUGACCCGUAUCCAUUCGACGGGCGCGGCUCUAUUCUUGCGCACGCGUUUUUCCCGGGCACAGGACGAGGGGGUGAUGCCCACUUCGAUGACGACGAACUCUGGGUUUUGCAUCCAAAUAACGACGAUGAGGAUGGGACGUCGUUGUUCGCCGUUGCCGCUCAUGAAUUUGGACACUCGCUCGGCCUGAGUCAUAGUUCAGUAAAGGGCGCCCUGAUGUACCCAUGGUACCAGGGAAUUCAGCCGAAUUUCGUUCUACCCGAUGACGACAGGAAUGGUAUCCAGCAAAUGUAUGGUCCUAAAUACAAAAGAACGUGGGAGAAGAUUCCGUACUACAAGCCAGCAGAAACUCCACCGACCACAACAACCACUUCAACUACAACAACGACGACUACAAGACGACCUUACAUUUAUCAGCAUCAUCCUGAACGACAUCGACCCUACACGCCUAGCAGAUUUCCCACGUAUUAUCCAGAUAAGCCCAGUCAUCCAGAAAAGCCAAGCCAUCCAGAUAGGCCUCAUUAUCCAAAUUACCCAGAUCGAAACCCCUAUUACCCUGACCGGCGACAUUACACAACUACUGAGGAGCAUCCAAGACGCACCAACCAUCAUUAUCCUAGACCUACAGAAACAACGACCCAUGCAACUACAUAUCGUCCCCGAUAUCCUCAUCCUCGGCCCGAAUACCCAACACAUCCUAAACCGAACUACCCUACUGAUCCUGGUCAAGACUAUCCAAAGAGAAAACCAUUGUAUCCUGCGAAGACAACGACAAUUAAACCGACCCCACCCCCAGAUAAACCUGACACUUGUGAUACUUCUUACGAUGCUGUUACACUUAUACGGGGUGAACUCUUCAUUUUCAAAAAUCGGUACCACUGGAGAAUAGGCGCAAACAAUCGUUACAACGGAUACCCUAUAGAAAUAUCAAGGAUGUGGUCAGAGCUACCAAAAAAUCUCACUCAUGUUGACGCCGUGUACGAAAGACCGGACCGUAAAAUUGCUUUCUUCAUUGGUAAGCAGUUGUACUUAUUCGAUUCACAAUUUUUACUGCCGGGAUAUCCCAAAAGCUUGGUUCAGCUUGGUUUACCGGAACAUCUGGAAAAGUUGGAUGGCGCUAUGGUUUGGGGGCACAAUGGCAAAACAUACUUCUACAGUGGCACUAUGUACUGGAAAUUCGACGAAGAAGUGGGACGCGUAGAGCUAGACUAUCCUCGCGACAUGGCAAUGUGGAAGGGUGUCGGAUACAAUAUUGACAGUGUGUUCCAAUGGAAAGAUGGUAAGACCUAUUUUUUCAAAGGGAAGGGCUUUUGGAAGUUCAACGACCUUUAUAUGCGUGUUGAACACGAGAGACAGCUUCCUUCUGCACAAUACUGGAUGCAGUGUCCAAAAGAACGCGCUGGCCGCCGCGCUCCUUUCCGAGCUCCUCCUGCCCCCGGGUCAACACUUCGCUCUCCUAGUUCCGCAAGCUCUAACGAUAACAACCUCUCGCUCGGUGCUUCCCUAGUACUUUUAAUACUAAUGCGGUAUAUUCUUUAAUAAAAUAAAGAAAUUAUAAAGACUGUGUGUGCCACUAUCAAUUAAUUAUUUAAUCUCAAAACAGAGAUUGAACCAAAUUAUAGAUAAAGUUAUGCGUUAAAUGUGUUUGAAUCAACAAGUAUACAUAUCGAUUCUGUCUGACGUAAGACUUAGUAUUUUAAGUAAAUAAAAUAAAUUGCGCAAACAUUGCACUGCCUGUUUUAGUAUGUAAAUUAUUGUAUUAACUUAAACUUCAUACUUUAAAGACUUUUAACUAUUAGAAUAGUAGGAUAAUAUUAUGAGGCAUUUUGUUUUUAAUUUUUAAUGUUGUAUGUACAUAUUGAUCUCAAUGUGAUCGAGUUCUUGGUUUAUUUUAAUGUAAGGUAUAUAACACCAUUUGUUUAGCUUGUGUACAGAAUGUAUUGUCUAUUGAUGUCAGUAUUUUCAUAAUAGAGAACAACAUAUGUCAUAGAACGAAAUGAUUAGAUGCGUGUAUAGUUCUUUAUUUUUCUAAAGUCAUAAUGUUAAUCAAAAAUGUUAUACCUAUAUAUUAUAUAUCUAUCUACCUAUUAGAAAAAAAUUAUACCUAUAACAGUGCACUAACUCCACAAGUUUGCCUUAAUAGCAAUAACAUGAUAAUCUAUUUGUGUAUUGCAAAGUAUUUAUAUUGUAGAAAUUUUUGAAGAGCUAAUAUACUCAAAAUAUUAGUGAAUAUAUGGGCGCGGCCAUUUCUGAGGUACAUAACUAUCUUCACUAAACAAAAAUGGCAGGGCUAAACUUAGUGCUGUCCCUUUUACACAAAAAAUAUUAAAAAAGGAUAGCACUAGGUAGAAAAGAACUGUCGAUUUAGUUUCGUUUAGAGAUUUGUGUAAGUACAGCAGAAUCGCCACCAAUAUAACUAUAUAACUUACAACAACUAUUACUAAGCUGGUUAGAGGUUCACAUAUUUUGUAACUUGUAAAUGAUAGUAGCUACUUGUAUGUCUAAUCAUAAUAGUAAAUGUAAAGACAAACUAUUAAAUUAUACUUAUCUAUUACUCGUAAGUACCUAUGAAAAAAAUAUAUGUAUUAAAGCCUAGUAAUUAAAGUAUAAAUAAAAUAUAAAUUGGUAUCUAAUUAUAUUAUGUGGUACUCUACUUGUGCGUAUCUAUUAAAUUCAUCCUAACUAAUAAGUUAUGUAUUUGGAUGUUCGUUUAUAUAAUUAUUAUUACAUAUUCCGUAUUUGAGUCUAGGAUUCUAAAAGUUGAGCAUUUACUCAUACUUUUAUUAUUGUACUGUUAAGUCAUAUUAAAUCUGAGUUGCUAAUGCAUGAGUGAAUCAGAAGCUCUCCAGAAUGAAAUUGGUGCUUUUGAUAGGUAGUUUUUGUACAGAAUCAAUUCAUACAUAAGUAUUUUUGUAUGCUAUUAAAUGUAGAUAAGUAAUGUAUCAAUAUUGAAUAACCAUAACUUUUGUUACUCAAGUAAAAUAUAAUUCUUUCAAAUCAAUAUUAUUCUGUAAUUUAUAACAUAAUAUAUAAUAUUGUGCAAUCAUAUAAAAUAAACCUACGAGUAAAUUUUUAGCUUUAGUAAUUUAGGGGUAAUAUGGCAGACACCUACCUAUUUUAGACCAUUUUUUGUACCUCUCAAGUCAUUUUAUUAUGGACUUCAGUAGUUUUUACAACAACUUUGGUCACAAAUAAUUUAAUAAUA